AUGUCUUUUGCACCGGUCGAUCCGCCGAAAGUGCGGGACGACAGCAAAAAGCGAGUGGCAUACUUCUACGAUUCAGAUGUCGGCAACUAUGCAUAUGUCUCAGGCCAUCCCAUGAAACCCCACCGAAUUCGACUCGCUCACUCUCUGGUCAUGAACUACGGGCUCUACAAGAAAAUGGAAAUAUAUCGCGCCAAACCCGCCUCGAAAUACGAGAUGACACAAUUCCAUACCGACGAGUACAUUGACUUCCUGGCCAAAGUCACCCCUGACAAUAUGGACGCGUAUCAAAAAGAACAACAAAAGUACAAUGUGGGAGAUGACUGUCCCGUAUUUGACGGACUUUUUGAAUUCUGUGGAAUCAGCGCGGGUGGCAGUAUGGAAGGGGCUGCAAGAUUAAACCGUCAGAAAGCAGACAUUGCCAUCAACUGGGCUGGUGGCCUGCAUCACGCGAAAAAGAGCGAGGCUAGCGGUUUCUGCUACGUCAACGACAUUGUCUUGGGCAUCCUCGAGCUUCUAAGAUUUCACAAGCGAGUCCUCUACAUUGACAUCGAUGUUCAUCACGGCGACGGCGUCGAGGAAGCUUUCUACACCACCGACCGAGUCAUGACCGCUUCUUUCCACAAAUACGGAGAAUAUUUCCCGGGCACAGGUGAGCUUAGGGACGUAGGAGUGGGCUCGGGCAAAUACUAUGCUGUGAACUUUCCUCUCCGCGAUGGGAUAGACGACUCAUCAUACAAGGGAAUUUUUGAGCCGGUCAUCCGGGCCACUAUGGAAUUCUAUCAACCGUCUGCUGUGGUGUUGCAGUGCGGUGGCGACUCUCUCUCUGGCGACAGGCUCGGCUGCUUCAAUCUCAGUAUGAGAGGCCAUGCGAAUUGCGUUCGAUUCGUGAAAUCUUUCAACCUCCCUACAUUGAUCGUUGGAGGCGGUGGUUACACCAUGCGUAACGUUGCAAGGACCUGGGCAUUCGAGACAGGGACCUUGGUUGGAGAGGAUAUGCAAGCAAACCUUCCCUACAACGACUAUUACGAGUAUUAUGCCCCAGACUACGAACUUGAUGUACGACCGUCAAACAUGGAGAAUGCCAAUUCGAGGGAGUACCUUGAGAAGAUCCUGAUGCAAGUCUUGGAAAACAUGAAAAGAACCGCGCAUGCUCCGUCCGUGCAGAUGACCGACGUACCAAGAGAAUCACUUGGCAUGAACGACGACGAUGAAGCAGCCCUCGAUGAUAUGGAUGAAGACGAAAACCCGGACAAGCGGAUAACACAGCGCAAGGCAGACAAGUAUAUUGAGAAGAACGGCGAACUGUCCGACAGUGAAGACGAGGAUAUGACUGGCGUGAACGGUCACAUGUCAAACCGCAAAUUACGCGCGGCUCAAAACUACCGCCAUAUUCUGGAUGUCGGAGGCAAUGAUUCUGGGGUUGAGACUGGAAGUGCUUUGGACACCCCACAGCCAGGUUCUAGUAUCCCUGAUGAUGGUGAUGAAAUGAACGUGGACAACCACGACCUCGAGGACAAGCCUGCGCAGAGUCCUAUCAACCCUACUCAAGAACCCAACGGUUCCGCUGCGGCUUCACGUCCACAGUCGCCCAAUCCGGCCCCCGCUCCUGCUCCAGCUUCAGCUUCAUUCGAUGAUGGAGAUGUUGAGAUGGGAGACGCAGACGCAGACGCAGAGAAUGCUGUUCCUGCGACGGCCGCUGAUACCAGUGCGCAGGCGAACGCACCUAACCCACCUCCGGUUGAGGAAGAAUCGACCAUUACCGUCCAACAACAGCAGACCCCUCCGGCAUCGCCACCAGUGCCACCGCAAGAAGAAUCUGCACAUGCGCCUACUACAGAAACGCCUGAGCAGGCUCCAGAAACGGUUGCGCAGACGGAGGAGCCGAUCCCACAUACAGCUCCGAUUGUGGCGCCAUCGGCGACCACCGAGCCUGAAGCUACGGGGGCAACGGCUGAGGAAGCGGCCAUCAAGGAGGAAGUUGUUGCAGAUGACGAAGUUGCCAAAGCGCAAGAAGAGGGACGAAUGGAGCGAGAGGUAGCAAAUGCUGAAGGCGAGGCUCGCACCGAGGCUGCAGCAAAGGCUGAUGAGUGA